UGUUUCGCCCACACUUAGUAGUGCCGUUGAGAUGUCGAAGUUGUUAAUUCUGUUGCUUUGCUGUGCCGGGUUAAUUAGUGCCCAAACUCAGAAUUGUCCCAGCGGUGAGAUUUAUGAAUGCCGCAGCCCAUGCGGACUAACAUGUAGUACUCUGCGCAAUCCUUGUAUACAAGUCGUUAUCUGCUCUUGCUACUGUCAGGCUGGCUAUACCAGGCGCAUCACCAACGGAACAUGUAUACCUAUCUCGUCUUGCCCGCCCAGUAAUGGUUAGUGGAUCAUAGGAAGUUAUGCUGAUCCACAUACGUCCAAACUUAUCCUUUUCGUACAAAAACUUAUCUUCGUCCAAAAAGCCAUGACAGUAUGAUUGGAACUUCUAGAAUGAGCCGUGAACAGCAUGGCCAAUAGACUAAUGUGUGCUAGCUUAACAGUACAAGAACAAUAUAUUAUUAUAUACAAUAACUUUUAAGGUAUACUGAAAGUGUUGAUACCAUUAGUUUAAAAAUGCAUUAAAACAAUAUAAUUACUAUUAUUAUUCUGUAGAAAAUAAUUCCUGAA